AUUAUAUUGAAUAAAAUAUUUGUGAGAAUCCGAGUUGUCCAAAUUAUACUCUUAUUUCUGUAUUCACUAACUUAAUUGGAUGAUAUGAUUUUCUAAAUUUGCAUAAAUACAUGAUAUCCGUAAAUAUAAAUGGAUAGUUGAUAAAUUUAUAACUUGCAGCCCUUAUAAACACAAUAACAAAUAUUUAUGAGUGCCGUUUUCUUAGUAAAGUGAGUAAAGUGCAGUAUAUGAACUGCAAGAGGUAAUAUUCAUGCAAAAGAAAUUCACAAAAUUGCAAUCGUAAUUUGGAAUGGCUACGUGUACUCUAUACACACGGACACCACACACUGACGUUGUAGCCAACUAAUUGUAAUAUCCUCAAUCUAGACACCCAAAAACCUCAUAAUCUGCACUGUCUGCAGUGUGUGCAGUGCAUACAGGGCUGAAAAUGAAGGGAUGCGCUAUCCACUUUUGAUACGAUGAUGAUGAAUCCUCUUCUUCUCGGCACGCAAGAACAUCGUCGUAAGGUGGGCAAAGGUAGCUUCCCUUUCAUAUUUACGCUGCAUUAUCAGAUUUCCUCAGAGGGAGGUCAUCAAUUUGCGAGAGAAGAUUCCUCUUGAGACUGAAGAGGACUCGUAACAACAUCAUUGUCGAUUUGAUUUUGGUCGUGGAUCGAGUGGUCCUCCAGAAUCCAAUUCACUCCCUUUUCGUGACCAUAAUUUUCGCAAUUUUACUAUUUGGCCAAGUUUCAUUACUGACUCUUGAGAUCACAAGAAAUUGCCGAGUGGUGAUUGGACUCAUCCUUGCUUGUUAUUUUGAGAGAGCAAGUGAUACUUUUUGUUACAUAAUCUGAAGACGAAAAGGAAACUUUUUCUUUCUUCGGCAAUUCGUCGUUUGUCGUGUGGCAAAAGUUGUCGAAUUCGCGUCGUUGGAAAUUUUGUGAGUUGGGAUUUUUGUGACAUUUUAUUCGUUUGGAACUUGUUCAUUGGUUUACAACCAACACGUUCGAAAGAUUGCUGGAGAUCAGCACGACCAUCAGACAUAAAUCAGGUUUCAAUCAUGAAGUUCAUAAGCCAUAGGUUUUUUCUCGUCACACUGAACUUAGCCUAUUUUGGACUUCUUGUCGCCGGAUUUCGCGAUGACCCUCCGCAAUUCAAUUACGAAACUUUACCAAAGACGUCGUUUAGCUGCAAAGGCAAAGUCAUUGGCCGAUACUACCCUGAUCCCGAAACGGAUUGUCAGCUCUUUCACGUUUGUGUUAAGAUGAGCGCCACAAACACGAAUGAUUUCAAAUUUUUAUGCCCUAAUGGAACCACUUUCGACCAGGAUCAUCAAGUUUGCAUGGAUUACUACCAAGUGGCUUGUCAUGAAGGUACUGGGACAAAUCCUUUGGCGACCAAUUACGAACUUUUGAAACUUUCAUCCAUUAAUCAGAACUCGGGUCUUGAUUCUGAAAAAAUCUCAUUUGUGAACCCCGACGUGGCUGAUAGGAACACACUCGGAGAUGACUUUCAAGUUGACGAGUACAACAACAAUCGAUUAGCUACAUCGCAAAACACAUUUUUCCAAUCAUCCAAGCCCAACAGAAAACCAUCGUCAGAUAUUUUUUACAAAAAUUUUGAUUAUACCACAAAGUACACGACUAGAAGGACAACAACAGCCACCACCACCACGACACCACGGCGACCCUCUUCAUCGACAACAACAUCGACUACUACGACGGCAGCACCCCUCCUUUUCAGAAGCCCGAUUCCUUCCAAUGCACCAAACAGUGCAUCCACCAAAAGAAAACCGAAUCUUGAAACUUAUGAAAGCUAUGAAAUUGAAUCUGUGGCUGGACUAACUCCGCAAAACUCUUUCAAUCGGUUGGGGUUUGUAAAUGGGCAGAAUCCAAAACAUUACGAUUAUUCAUAUGAAGCUCAAGACCCUGAACCCGUCCCUUCGUCAACGUCAACAACGACAACUACGACGACUACAACCCACCGACCCCUCGUAUUUCAUAACACUUUUAGGUCCCCACUUCCAUUCUCAAGUUCUACUGCCACUCCACCAAUUCAAACAUUUCAACAACAAGCAUCCAGAUUUAACGAUGAUUUUUUCAGAAAGUUGCCUUCUUCCUCCACUGAAACUUCUGUGUCUAAAGCUGCACAAUUUUAUGUCAACUCCAACACAAAAUUUAGUACCCCUUCAGUUCGGCAACCUACCACAAAUCCAUUUUUUAAGUCAACAACCCAAGUCCCAUUUUCUGCCAAGUUCCAAUCUGAUAACUUUUCGCCUUCAGACCGAGGACUUAGCAGUCGAGGAUCCACAACUUAUUAUGAAACCUCACCAUCUGGAAUCAGCAGCACCCCAAGAAAUCAUGCCAUCAUAACUGACGACUUUAAUGGGUUUGAAAAGUCAAAAUUUAGCUCCCAAACAGUGCGUCAUCACGAGUCGUCACGACCUGAAGAUGAUGUCAUUAGACCUCGGAGUUACAGUGGCAAUACAAAUGUGAAAACCAAUCAAGUUGUCCAUACCCGACAGAACAAUGGAUUUUCCGCAAUCCCCCCGCCCACAACUGCAGAAACAUACACUUUCCCCAGCAGCAGCAGCCCAACGACUCCAUCCUCCAUCACAAAUGGCAAUCAUGCAGCAGUAACCUACUUCCAACGGUUUACUACGGAGAAGCCAGAAAAAUCUUCCAUAUUUUUCUCCAAAUCCACAACCCAUCCAAAGAAAGAUUAUUCUUCGGAGAAAGUAAACCGUUUCAUUGAAUCUGAUGCCAGGGUUUCCACUGCCGACUACAAUGUCGAUCCAACUUCAACUUAUCGUCCUCGAGAUGUUGAUGCAGGAUUUGGUCAAAAGGCCGUUGUUUCGCCCUCCUCCUCUCGAUCUCAUUCUCAAGUGAGACUGGAAGAAGAAAAUGCAUACCCGACUUCCACACCCUAUUCUGUUCCUGAAACAUCUACAACAACAGAAAGACCACAACAGCGAAGGGGCACUCGUCGCCGAGUAAACAGGCCAAAGCAGCACCAGCCACAAAAUCACAGGCGAUUUGAUCCAGAACUAAAAUACUCGAGAAGAAUUGAAGAACCACCAAAAGUCAAGAGUGUGGAUAGCAAGGACGAUGAGCUGUUUGACGCUGAGGCAUCCCAAUUCCCAGGACGCCCAUCAACUAACCUGUUUAGCAAUAAAGAGGAGAAAUCAAAAGUUGCUAGCCAAAAGGACAUCCAUGAGUCGUCGUUUAUCAAGGCAACAACUGAAGCUGCUCCAAAACUGGCAGAAAAUUAUGGAAGAAGAAUAAAAGUCAAUACCAGAAGGACUUUUGUAUCACAAAUCCCAGUUCAACAAGAGGUAUUAGCCCCUGUUACCGAAAUUAAGGAACAGUCGUCCACCGUAGCUCCUCGGAGAUUGAUCAAACGUCUCAAAGUCAAGGUCACCACCACGCCCGAGUCUGUCUCCACCACGCCAGAGCCAACCAGCACCACUGAACCAACGACCACUGAAGGGUUCACAACCCCAACGACGACUGAAUCUUACCACACCACCCUUCGCCCAGUGAAGCGAAUCAGUAUAAAAACCAAAGUGGGCUCUCGGAAAUUUGAGAAAGAUUCCGAGUUUAAAGUUCCUCCAGUGAUCCUGCAAACUACAAGCAGCCCAAAGUCUUUGUCGGCCUUUGAAAAGUUAAGAAAGCUGGUCACCACCUCCAAAACAGCAACCACAACAACAACACCGGAACCGGAACUAGUCACCGCAUCAGAUGACGACAUCCUAAUUAAAAAAUUGAGAAAAUUUACAACGUCGAUUAACAGCGACACCACCAGCGAUGCCUACACCACGCCCACAACUUUUAGACCAUUUGAUUUUCAGAACAGCUCGAUUGUCGUAAAAGUUACACAAAAGACGCAAAAGUCAGCAAUCCCUACCCCAAUUUCAUUUAAGGAGCCUAUACUUCCGAACAAAGUUAAACAAAUUGAAACGAGCAGGGUGGAAGUGAAACAUUCAGUGAGAGAAGAUUCGACAAAGAGUCCCGACUAUGACUACGCAUAUUACAAUUCUGACGACGACUACACAGAUGCUUCAAGUAAACUUGAUAGUAAAAAUUAUGGUAAAAAACCUGUAAAAAAGGCACAUCCAUCCCCAGCUUAAUUAAUUUGUAAGGCCAAUCCAUAAUUUGUAUUAUUACUUAAAGUUUAUUGUUGUUAAAGGUUUCAAAAACCGACAGAAGCUCAUGUUGACUGAUAGCGUUACUUUUUUUUACAAAUCUUCCUUUUUAAUAAGCUUGAAUUAGAUCCACAUUUACGUAUAUAAUAUCCAUGCCCAAGAAUAGUGUGGAUAAUGAUAAUACUAAAACGUUGUUAAAACUUUUGAAUAUUUUCAGUGUUAGGAUGGUGAAUGAAAGAAAGAUGUUGUCUUGCAUACUUGUAUCCACUUUGAAAUUAUGACUAUUUCCUUAUCUCCUCUGAUUAAGUGUAUGUAUAUAAAUACCUGCAUACCUUUUGUAGCCAUAUCUUUGCAAUUAACAUUAUUUACGGUAUUUUUGACAGUGAUUUCUUGUUAAACUAUUAUAGAAUGAUUUGAAAUAGGUUUAGCUGAUAAUAAAACGUCAUUUUGCUUAAUGUGCCAAUAAUAAAUAAGUUUGUACCUUA